AUGCACGACCCGUUCCCACUCAAGCCCCCAACGGGCCUGAUACCCUACGCCCAGAAACUCGCAGACCGGCUCUCGCUGCAGACGCUCCCGCUGCAUUUCCACGAAGUCAUCGUCGCAUACUCGAUCUACCACGCGACCAACAAGUACAUCUCGCCCAUUCUCUCGCGCGCCUUCUUCCCACGGACGUACAAUGCUCUCAACGCGCGCACCAAGCUCAAUUGGGACGUCCAUGUAGUCUCGUUCGUGCAGAGCGUGGUUAUCUGCACGCUGGCGCUAUGGGUCAUGUGGGCGGAUACCGAGCGGACUGAGAUGGACACUACGGAGCGCGUGCAUGGAUACACCGGCGCCUCGGGACUCAUCCAGGCGUUUGCAGGGGGAUACUUUCUGUGGGAUCUGGUGAUCACCGUGCAGAACGUGCGGAUCUUUGGGAUUGGCAUGUUAUUCCACGCCAUAUCUGCUUUGUGCGUGUUUAGCUUGGGAUUCCGCCCAUUCGUAAACUUCUACGCCCCAACCUUCAUCCUCUACGAACUCUCCUCCCCCUUCCUCAACAUCCACUGGUUCUGCGACAAACUCAACAUGACGGGCUCCACACUCCAAUUCCUCAACGGCAUCGUCUUGCUCCUUACCUUCUUCUCCUGCCGCCUCGUCUGGGGCACGUACAACUCCAUCCGCGUCUUCGCAGACGUGUGGCGCGCAUACACCGCAGGCCCGCUCGACCUGUCCACAGACCGUCAAGCCGCGUUGAAAACCGCGCACCUCUCUGGCACCGGCGAUAGCGUGCUGUACUUUGCGCACGGCCCAGACAGUGCCCUUGUGGCUGGCUGGCGCAUGAUCGAAACGCUGCGCAAGCGCUUCGACCCGCCGCUCGGCACGCGGCGCGCAGACGAGAAGGAUGGCGCUGUUGCUGUUGAUCAGGAGAAGGUUCUCGUCGAGGGUACUUCCGUGCUCACUCCCGCGGCCGUUCCAGCUGACAGUGCAGAUUACCUGCGCGCGGGCGACAAGGUGGAGGUGAAGAGUACGGGGAAGCAUUUGGAGGUUGGGGCGAGGACGAGGAGGAGAGGGUAA